AUGUUUUUGACGUGUUUCGCGCUGCAGUGGAUUGUUUUGGACCGCUUGCCGAGAGUGCCCUAUAUGACCGUUUUGGACGGGAUCAUAACUAUCGUAAACGCUUCGCUUCUGCUGAUGGGGCUCGGAUCUGCGCUCUGCGCUUUAGUGCUGUCCCGCGACCGAUUUUCGCUGUGGAGUGAUUCACUCUCGUCGUCUUCAACUUCUGGUGGGGACGAAGAAGAACAGCUAUUGCAGCAGUUGCAGAACAACGCACCGACGUACUCGAUCUCCCAGCUGCGCACAGCUGACCGCAUCGACCGCGUCAUGAGUUUUGUCGUCCUAUUUGUGGUUCUUGGGCUGCACUUGUACGUUUUUGUGGGGGUUCGGAAUGCGCGAAGUCGCGAGGGAUUGAAUCGACCCUGGAGCGAGGGUCCGAGGAGCUGGGUAAGAACCGUAAACGAGCCACGUUAUAUCGUGUUUCCGCUGAAGCCGAAUUUGUUCCUGCAGAAUACUAAAGAGGAGCAGUCGAAGAAAAACCGGGAAGAAAUUUUCAAAGUUUACCUAGGGGAGAAAAAAGAUAUUUUUUAG